AUGGAGUGCAUGUUGAUCUACCCUGGUUUCAAGCUACAGCUGGUGGUUGUUGUUAAUAUGGACUCUUGUUAUAUGCUGUUGAAGAAGAAAUUGAGGGUUAUGUUUUGGCACCUUGGUGCUGGUCCUGUCCUUAUAUUGAGGAGAGUGUUCUUGUUGCAAAGGCAUCCAUCGGCAAUUGCCAAUCGGAAAAACGUUUCUGUUAUAACCUAUUAUGUUACAUGGGCAUACAGAGUGAACUAUGAUGUCAAGCAUGUGGUGCAGCGUUUGACGUUACGCACUUCUGUAUUAUUUACCGAAAAUAGAAGGAAGAGUGCUAGCAGCAUUUUGAAGGAAAAUUCUUUGAGGCAUCGGAAAGAAGAGAUACUCUUAGGCCAUAACCACAGAAGCACUGAAAUAAGUACGAGGCGGAAAGUUUCUGGUGGGAUUUUAGAUAUUAACAGCUUAAAAAUGCUUGCAGAGAAGAGAGAUAUAUUUUUCCUCCUCUCUUUUCUAAUUCAUAACACUAAACCUGUUGUCCAUCAGGAUCUUGUUGGUUUGGUCAUCUCAAUGCUACUUUUAGGAGAUUUUAGCUUAGUUUUGCUUACUCUGCUCCAGUUUCAUGGACCUAGGCGAUCUGCUGGGCUUGCACGUGUUUAUGCUUUGUGGAAUAUCGCUUCUAUGAUUAAUGUUGUAAGCUCUAUGUCCCUGAUGUCUUUUCCUAAAUUUAUUUUCUUUGUUUCUCUGAUGAUUUUUGACACUAUUCUAUGGUGGUUGCUUUCGUUUGCGGGUAUAUUCACUACAGUGGCCAGCCAAGUAGAAAACUACCAAACUUUCAGCCAUGGAACAUGUGAGAAGAAUUUUCAAGCUUUAUCAAAGGAUGAAAGUGAAUGGUGGAUUUUUCCUGUUGCACUGGUGGUUUGUAAAUGUAUCCAAUCCCAGCUCAUCAAUUGGCAUGUUGCGAAUUUGGAGAUUCAAGAUCGCUCAUUGUAUAGUAACGACUUUGAUCUAUUCUGGCAAUCAUGA